AUGCCUGAUUCCAAUAAUAUUAAUCACGAUUCAGAUAAUGAGAAUUUUAUCACGAAUAUUGAUAUAGAUGUUAAUUCACAACGAUUCAAGAAAUUUCCUUCAACUAUCUAUAUGGCUAGAAAGUUGUUGGAAGUUAGAAAGAAAUCAAAAACAUAUGCA